CAGCCAAAUGAAAUCCAUUGCGUCAAUGACUAUACCUUUACUAAAAGACUUCAGUGAUAGUUUUUCUAUGUAGUAUAUUUACUCUAUUCACUAAUCGAUUAUCAGAAGCUGAUAGCAAAGUUAUAUAUAACGUGAAAUUCUGGGACUCUGUUGUGUAUAAGAGUGGAAGUGUUGUGAAAAUGUUAAGAAAAUUACAUUACUUUCAUCUAAAUGGACUGGCCGAGUCCAGUAGAUAUAUGUUGCAUUAUGCUGGAUUGGAAUUUCAAGACAUAAGAUAUGACAUGGCAACGUGGCCUAUUAAGAAAAUCAAAGAUUCACUCCCCUACGGCCAAUUACCAGUUUACGAAGAAGGGGACCGCAGACUGAACCAGUCCAUAGCAAUCGCCCGCUACAUCGCCAGCCAGACUAACCUGCUGCCCUCCGACCCCUGGGAACAGGCUGUGUUGGACGCAGCCGUCUUGAAUAUUAACGAUUAUCGGUCCAAGGUCCGAGAAUAUUAUUUUAACUGGAUUUUAGAAACAGAUCCAGUUAGGAAAGAACAGCUUGGAAAUGGAAAAGACGAAUUUGAAUCAGAAACUAAUGAAUUCUACCUGUCAAGAUUCGAGAAAGAACUGAAAGCUAACAAAGGAUACUUUGGUGGUAAAUUAUCCUGGGCAGACUUCUACCUCGUUGGAUGUAUUGAGACUGCAAACCUUUUCGCUGGAUAUGAGAUCGAGGAGAUGUACCCUAAUAUCAGGGCUUUGGUGAAAACAAUCCGAUCACUACCUGGUGUCAAGGAAUAUAUUGCUACUAGAAAACCUUACAUAUGAUACUUAUUCGUUGUUAAUAUAAGCACUUAUAUUGGAAUAAUAUGAUGAUAAUGAUUAUGACUAUUCAAAAAUAA